GUCAAAUAUUAGUAUUACUGAGUCAGCUGUUCACACUUUUACAAUUACAUAGCCAUGAAUUUAUCUUCACUACGUAGUAGUGAAGGAUAUUUGAAAUGGCUUAUACUUUUUAUAAUAAUUACUGUUAUUAUAUGUUUACAACAUGAUAUCAUAGAAAGUAAACGACAUCAUCUUAAACAAAAUAGACGAUAUGGAGACAAGUGUAAAAUGAUAAAACAUAAAUGCAUGCCACCAAUAUACACAUAUGGUCCAUGUUACAAGGGUAUUAGUCAAAAGAAAGUCAUCAUUUUUACAAAAAAUUCUGAUUGUAUUUGCGUACCAUUUGUUUAUAAGUUAAUGAAACAAUGUCCAUGUGGUUCACCUAAAAAAAUAAUUUACACUUGUCCUAAUAAUAAAACAGUAAAAAGUUAUAUUUAUGAGAAACGAGUUAACGGUAAAUGUGAAAAGUUUCCAUUAAAGCGAAAACAUACUAAAAAUUGUAUUAUACGUUAUGUAUGGAAAUUAGCUAAAUCAAAAAUUAUUAGAAAGAAACGAUCCAUUCAAUUACAUACUUCAAGUGGUUCAAAAUGUGGUCCCAAUCAACAUUACGUACCAGAGCGUAAUCCAUGUCCAGAAACAUGUGAAGGGAAAUUUUUCGGAGUGGAAUCAAGAUGUAGUCAUCUCACGUCUGGUCCUGGGUGUGAAUGCCUUCCCGGUUUCAUGAGAGACGGUAUUUUAUGUGUGCCUCCAAGUCAAUGUGGCUGUUUAGAAUCUGUGUGUAUUGAUCGUGUAUCUACUGAAAAAUGUAAACUAUGGAGAUCUGAAGGUCGAUGUCACAAAGACAAGGCUAUUAUGCAACGAUUUUGUAGGGCAACAUGUCAACGCUGUGAGCGACCAUGUGAAGAUCAAAUAGCGACGUCACAAUGUGAAUUAAUCAAGAGACGUGGUGAAUGUAGUUUAGAUUUCUACAAAUCAAUGUGUAUGCUAACUUGCUCACAACAAAAUUGCAGAUGCCCUAAAUGUCAUGUAGAAAGUGGAUCUUGUCACCCAAUCACCAAAAAUAUUGAAUUACGCCAUAUAUGUUAUCAGCUUCAAAGUAACGGUAGUUGUAAUCCACUCAUCACAAGGAGAUAUCGACCGUGUGGAGACUGCCCCGCAAGACUUUCAAGGAUUCCAGGAAAAUGCAACUAUUGCAAAGGAUUUCGUAAGGUAUAUUUACGCACAUAUUUUCGAGAGGAGGUCGGUUUUAAAAGGUGUUUGAUGGUUGAACGUUCACAUGAAGAGAAAUGCUCAUGCGACCGGAUAAAUUUAGCACUUAAAACAUGUCAAGCUAAUAAAAUUCCAGUACUUAAGACCAUGGUUCGAGUAAAAACAUCAUGUGAUAAAUGUAUCUACAAAAAAAUUAAUAUUCUUGGAAAACCUAUUGGUAAGUCUUAACAGUGUUUACAAAAUAAUGCCACUUUUACAAAUUUCAUUAUAAAAGUUCAUUGAUUAUGAUAUGACUGAAAUGAAAUUAGUUACGAUUUAUUUCCAAUUAGUAAAUAAUGAUCAAUAUAGGGUUGUGGAGAUUACUGAGUUUAGAUUGAUAUCAUAAAUGGAUAAAUGUUAGACCACCACUGAAAACCUGGAAUCACUGGACGGCUGUUUCGUCCUAGUAUGAGAUUCUUCAGCAGUGCUCAUCCACGAUCCCACUCAUUGGUCUAGAGUUUAAGCGUUCGUGCGCAAGACCGGAGGUCCUGAGCUCGAGUCCUCCGUGUGGGAAAGUGGAUGCGCACUUCUGAGGAGUCCCAUGCUGGAAUGAAACGGUUGUCCAGUGCUCUCAUUUAUUCAGUGGUGCUCUAACAUUGAUCCAUUCAUGACAUCAAUCUAAAUUAGUGGAUAUUCAAGAUUUGUUUGUAAUUACAGAAUGUUGGUGACAGGAUCUUGAUCAUAUGAUGCAUUCGUUAGAAUAUAUUCCUACUUGUCGAAGUAAAAUAUUUUAAACUAUGAACAAGUGUUUCAGUUGCUUUUAUAAAUAGUUAAGGGUGGAAUUAUUUUUGUCAGUCACUCUCGGCUGUCCAUCCGUCCACAUGUAUCACUGAUGAUUGAAUAGUUUAUCAAAAUAUAAGUACAAUUAACGUAAAAUGAGCUUUUAUUUUGCAUUCUCAUAUACCUGUGUCUUUGCAUCAUCAAUCAGUCUGUUUAUCACUGUCUGUCUACUUAGUUUUACAGAUUAAAAUAGAAUACUUCAAAGAUGUAUUUUACUUAAGGGAAAAUGUUUAAUAUUUGGUCAUUUUAUACCAAUAUCUAUUUCACUGUGUUAUCUUAAGAAACGUCAUCAUUGAGAUACUAGAUCAUAUUGCCUGUAAACAUGAGAAGUACUUUUUUACUGAUCAGUGUAAUAGAAAUGCAUUACUAC